UCCAGGUGGGAGUGGCUGUGCAUCUGAGUGUAGCAAUGGCCACCACUACCAAGCUUGGCACUAGUGUUAGCACUGAUGAUACUCUCUCCCUCCACGAGGAAGAGGAUGGCUACAUGGUUGAUCCGGAAGAGGAGACCCUGGCUCACUUUAAGCCUAUAAUGAGUAAGGAGAAAGGCGAAAGGGACAGCUACUUGGACACAAUAAAGACAACACUCCUCAACUGGUCUACCAGGGGUGACCAGAAAUCACGUGAUUUGCUAGCCUCACACUUACCGACUGUACUGAGACUCUCACUAUCAUGUCCCUUUGAGGACGUUAGAGCAUCAUUAAAAGCAUUAUUGCAGACAAUAGAUAAUGAAGCAGUUUUAGUUCCCAGACCAGUUUUUGAGGGACCGUCUUCAUUCAUGUCAGUCAAAGAUGUAGCAGGAUACCAUGAAUCCAGUAAACCAGUCACUCAUGAAUUACAGCAGUUGUAUGAGAAUGCUUUCCUUCGUGAUGCCCGUCUCUCCAACAUAGUCCAAUGUCUCUCUGAUCACCCUCAAUAUCUUGACCUCUUCAUUCAAACGAUGGACUUCAUAAUGAACGGUGAUGGACCACUUAAUCAGGAUGUCAGAUGCUACAUUGCCAUAUUGGCCAGCAGUCGUCACAGGUGCUCUUAUUUGGUCACUUAUCUUGAGAUGGAGUUUCGUGCUAAAGGCGGUAAUGUCUUGUGGCUGAAAGGGAUAAGUCACAUCCCUACUAAAAUAUCCAAUCUCCUCAUUUUAAACAAGAUGCUCUGUCAUCAACCCUGGUACAUAUCUCAGACACACUUUCAAGAGCUAUUGGUAGGGCCUGAUAGCUGGUCUGUUGCUGAGUUAGUACAUGCUGUGGUCAUAAUGGCAUUCUUCCAUGCACUGGCCGGAUUCUGCUUAGGGUGCGGCCUCAAUCCCGAAAUCGAUACAGAAUUAGGUCACACUGUCUCUGAUCAGUCGGAAAUCGUUCCUAGUCACUUUACCAAUCCAGCGUUGGGGGUUGGAGGGACCGGAUCGGAUUCAGAGCCAUCGUCAGAGGCAAUGUCUCCGGCCUGCUCACCUCCUAACGAACAAGUCUCAAAAUAUUUAGUGGAGCACUAUAUUGAAACGUCUAAACUGACUGAUACAAGGAAAUUAGAUGAUACGAUAAAAGAGAAACUAGCAGCUGUGAGCCAGGAGGAAGAUGAAACUGAGGAGAUUGAUAAUGAUAGACAGUUUGCUGAAUCUGUCUCUUCCUUUGGACUUGAGAAGAUACACUCAAGAUCGGUACCAACACCAGUUAACCUGUUAAGAUAUAUCACUGACCCUAGCUAUGAACAUGAAGACUUCACUUUAGCAUCAGCUUGCACACUAAGAGCAAGAGAAUACUCAUGGGAGGAUCAUGGUUUCUCAUUUCUUAACAGCCUCUAUCCUUUAUUGAGUGAAUUGCUUGAUGAAAAGUUUAAAGUGGCAUCAGAAAUGACAUACAGACACGUUGGUGCAACAAAAGACAUAGACACCAAGCCUUUCCGAGAGGCAACCUGGUACUACAUUCAGUCAAUAAAAGGGAUCAGACAUGAUGACUACAACUAUGGCAAAGUCAACAAAGUACUUUCAAUCGAAUAUAAGACGUACAUUAGAAUGGUUGCUUGUUUUCCAGAGAAAGUGAGCUUGUAUGAUUUCCGCGAAUGUAUGGAUGGACUGCAGUUUAGCGAAAAGGUACAUGUCAAUGUUUUAGUGAUGGAGGCAAGAUUACAAGCAGAACUUAUAUACUCAUUAAAAGCACUAAUGAGUCACAUGAAAUGAAUAAUUAUAAUUAUAAUAAUUAUUAGUCAAUUAUACCAGAAUUUUAGAAAUCAGACUAUUGGGAAUUUGUAA